AUGGCCUCUAAUGAUGGAAGCCCCUCAUCUGGAUUGUAUCCAGGAGAAAUUUUGGACACAAUUGCCGGGUUCCCCACAAUUUAUCAUUACCAACCGGCACUAAAUCCCACAAUCGAGAAACCUUUGAUUGUCUGUGUUACAGGUGGUCUCCAUCUAGCACGAAUUUUCUACGGUGGUCAUGAUGGAUAUAAUCCCAAGGACUUUCUGUCCCAUCGACUCGCCGAGCUUGGGUUCGGAGUUCUGUCGUUAUCCUAUCCCACGGAAACAACUCCACCAAUAAUGCCAUUGACAGGGGCAGCUUUCCGACUUUACGACUGGGGCCUACAAGCUGCUGAAACUGUCAAGCGUGUGAUAGAGCGAAAUGGGCUUUCUCGCUCCGUUGUCUUAAUCUCCUGGAGUAUGGGAGGCCGUAUGGUCGUCCCCUUCAACAUGUCAGCAAAGGAGCGCGGGAUAACUGUGGAACAAUACAUCGGCUUCGCAGCAACACCUGGUAUAUCAAGAAUUCGGCCAUUGCCCCCAGGCAUGGUCUGCAGUUCUGUAGGAUAUUUUCAUGUACCGUCUCACACUGGGGCAUUUUACCAACAAUUGAAGGAGAUGGCAGAGUACACCGGACAUGAGAUUAUUCCUCGAGAGAUAUACCUUCGAGAGUAUAUCGGCGGCACACCUAUAAACCUUGUCGGCAUGGGGCUGAAGUACGAUGGCCGAAGCUCGUUUAUCCGCGAUGAAGUUCCUCAUGAGCAGGACUCACAAGUUUUCAACAUAUCGAAUCUUCCGCUCAUAUCGUCCAUUUACCCCACGAGUAUCCUUGAUGCAAGACAUGCAUUGUCCGAUAAAGCUACCUGGGGAUUCCUUUUAACCUACGCCAUCGAAGUGAGACUUUCCGGGACAGCACUUUUAAAGACGCAAGAUCAACCCAAGUGGCAGAGCUUGAUGAAUCUUGUGCAUGAAGCUCCUAAUAGACUAUCCGCUCCUGUCGGGGGCAAUCAUUUCUUCUUUGCAGGAGAAAAGGGGGCUCAAGAAACGGCUGAUCAAAUCGAAAGACUUUUGCAAGAAAGAAAGUCUAUUGAAAAUGAGAUCUCGGAUCUCGGGUCCUAG